UAUAUGUAUAUACAAUAAAGAAGUUUUUUAUAUUAACACUCUGUAAACACGACAAAAAUGCCCAGUAUAUUUUUUCCUUUGAAAUACUAUGAACAUCGUAAUAUACAACAGUUUUUAUAACCUUUUUUUUAAAAAGUUAGACUUUCGGUGAUAUCCUUAAAACGUUGAAUUUAGAUCGCGCUUGUUCUUUAUCACUUUAUCAAGCAUGCAUGCGUGCGUGUACAAUACAUGCGUACGUGAUAUAAACUUGAUACAAGAAAAGAAAGAAGUGAUAACAAACAAAAAAAGUCUUCGUCUCAUAGUAAUUUUCAAGAGGUUUCAAAUUAUUUUGAAGAGACCAACGUGGGGCAUUUUUCUUCUACAAAUAUUCCGAAAUAAGUUUGCUCUUCUGAGAAAUCUAUUAUAGCAGAGACUUCUCCUUUUAAAAUAUCAGUAGAAAAGGAAAUGCAAGAUACAAGAAAGAGGCAAAAUAAUGUUUCAAUCAUACAACAAUCUUAUUCUAGUAACUCAUCUGAAUUGGCAGAUGAGUUUGAUGCAGAUUCAAUACAAACGAAGAAAUUCCAGCAAAGAUUUGAUUCAGAAGGAACUUCUGACAUCCCUGAUUCUCCCAAAAACUUAAUGUCUACGGAGUCGUCUAACACAGAAUUAAACUCAGAUUGUACUACAGAAGUUGUAAGAAAAAGAAAAGAGUACAAAAAAACUUCACUUCCAUCUUUAGAAAGACAUUCUGUGAAUUUAGAUUUUGACCAAGAUAUAAAAACAAUUCUAAACAAUAUAUAUCUUAGAAUGGACGAAAUCAGCAGCAAGCUUGAUGUAUCAAUAAUAAAUCAAACAAAAUUAAUGACUUUCCUUUUGCCUCAUGAGAAAAAAAUAAAUAGACCCAAUAAUUUACCUGCCUUACCUCUGCAAUCUAUAAAUGAUCUUCGAAAAUUUGAGAAAUACUUGAGAGAGCCAGAAAAUAUGUCAGCUACGAUUAAAUAUAUUAGUUUUUAUGGAAGUGAUCCAGAUGAAACAAAAGCAACGAUGAAUGUGAUGAAAAAAUUAAUGUACAACUGUUUGGCAAAAAACAUAAAUUUUAAAGGUCUUGAUCCCAAUUCAUCAAAAAUUCCUCUUGAACAAUGUCAUAUGUGGGACCUAAUUCAAGGUGCUGUGAUGUGUAAUAAAAAAGAAAAUUGUGACAUUAAUAAACUGAAGAGAGCAUGUCAAAAUUGGUUGAAGCAAGCUCCACAUCGGAAGCAAGAAAUUGCAUAUAUUCCUAUUAAGACUCCUGACGCCUCACCGAGAACUCCGUAUUGACGGUAGUAACGUUUCGUCGCGGACAAAAUUAGAGCUAUAAUAGAAACGUGACAGAUUGACGACGAAAUGUUGUGUAUGUCAUUCCAUUAUUAUAUAUUCCAUUGUGAAAAUUUGACUUAUCUCAUAUUUACCAAAUUUGUAAGAAUGGACCGCAAGUAAAGUUUCUUUGAAGUAAUACA